UACAGCCUUCAAGGAGCGAAAGCCCUUAGGUGUGCAAGUUUUGGACUAGAGCCCUAUCUGCUUGGGAAGACUAUGGAUGGUCACCAGCUCUCCCAGCUGAACAGCUUGAGUGCUGUCCUCCUCGUGCUGCUCUGGACGGGCAGUUCCCAUGCCCAGAAGGACUGCACCGGUGCCGAGUGCCAGCCCCUGGAGAACUGCAUCGAGGAGGUGCUGGAGCCCGGGGCCUGCUGUGCCACGUGUCUGCAGCACGGCUGCACGUGCGAGGGCUACCAGUACUACGACUGUGUCAACGUGGGCUUUGUCAAUGGCAAAGUACCUGAAGGGCAGUCUUACUUCGUGGACUUUGGGAGCACUGAGUGCUCGUGCCCCAAGGGUGGAGGCAAGAUCAGCUGCCAGUUCAUGCUGUGCCCAGAGUUGCCCCCAAACUGCAUCGAUGCCGUGGUGCCAGCUGAUGGAUGCCCACAGUGUGGCAGGAUAGGGUGUCUCCAUGAAGGCCAGAAGUAUGUAGCAGGCCACACGUUCCACAUGCCUCCGUGUAAGGUUUGCCACUGUCCAAAUGCUGGYGGGGAGCUGAUGUGCUACCAGCUUCCAGACUGCAACACGCUUGCCUUAAACACUGCGAGUCCCAUGGAUGCUGAGGAGAAUGAACCCGAGAGGCACUAUGAUGACCCGUACAGCUAUGACCAAGAGGCACCAGAAGGAGACAACACCCAAGUAGAGUCUCCAAAAAAGUACAGRAGCUAUUCGUCCCACCUGGAGCAAGAGAGCAUCAGCCAAGAGCAAAGUGAGGAUUAUGACUACCUGCCCGUCAGCAUCGCUCCUUCAUCUGUGGCUCAAGCUGAUCCGUACACCGAGGAAACCACAACGACAGCCACGACGCCAGWGCCUAAGCUCCUCUCUGAAGUUACCAGCACCACAGAAAGAAGUGAGCGAAGGCGGGUGCCUCGCACCACUGCUGCGUCUCCCAAGCAAGUGACAAGUAAAGAGGCCCCAGUAACUACGAGUGCUCCUCAGGAGCACACCACACCUCGGCCAGGGACAACCAGGCCCCCGGGAGAGCUGGAGAGGAGACCAAAGGGCAAGCAAGGGGACAAGGAGAGGAGUGAACCAGAAAGAGCUCCYCACUCAAAAACGAAGAAGCAUGCACGGAAAGAAGACCCAGGGAACAGCUUGCUUCAGGGCUUGAAAGAGAUGAAUUUAACAGAGCCAAGUUGGGCAAAAUCUGCCCGAGAAGCUCAYGAAAGUAAUGCUUUCCCUAAGGUGAAGUUCAGUGCAACAACCUCUCCGCCUGUUGCUCUAAAGGAAGACCGUAGUCAAUCAACCCAAAAGCAGUCACAGUCACUCUUUCGUUACCAUUCUGAGGAAGAUGGGGACCCCAACUCCAUCCAUGCUGCUCCUAGGUUACCAGAAGGUUCCACAAAGGAACUGAUUGAAAGCUGCUGUGGAGCCGGACAGCAGUGGGCUAUAGACAAUGGAGAAUGCACGGAGAUUCCUGUCAGCGGGAUGGACGGUGAUAUUUGCAGGGUUGCCCAGAAGCAGUGCUGCGUGGCCACGGCGCGGGAGAGCAGCUGCCUGGCCGGCAUGCUGGCCGCCAAGGCCGGCGCCGCGUGCGGCCCCGACGAGAGCGCCGCCUGCGCCGCCUCCGCCUACCAGCAAUGCUGUGACUGYUGCAGUCUGGGCCUGCGCCUGCAGAGCGAGGGCAAAAGCUGCGAGUCCAACAUCAACCUGGGCUACCCCUGCAGCCACGUGAUGCUCUCCUGCUGCGAAGGAGGGGAUCACUUUAUUCAUCCGGAAAUAAAAAAGCAUCCUGAGCCUCUGCCAACGGUGACACCGGAGAAGGUUUCAGAGACUGACGAUCACAACGAAGCCUUGUCCAUCAGUAAUGAAGCUGAACUGUCAAAUAACUUGCCUGGAGAUGACUUGGAUGAAUGUCUCAUCUAYGGUGGGGAGCUCUGCCAGCAUUUGUGUAUUAACACGGUGGGAUCUUACAAGUGUUCCUGUUUCCCUGAGUUCACUUUGCAAGAGGAUGGGAUCAGCUGUUCUCCAGAUCCCAACAGAAGACAAGUGACGGAGUUGGAAGCAGAAGCCACUGUCCCUCCCGCCGCCUCUCCGGCUCAACCUGUGCUCGUUGUGUCCGUACAGGAAGAGCAGGACAAGUGUAAAGAUAAUGGCCCCUGCAAGCACAUCUGCAGUGUUGUGGAAGGAAAUGUUGUUUGCUCUUGUUUGUCUGGAUAUACUAUCAUGUCUGAUGGGACUUCUUGUGAAGACAUUAACGAAUGCGUGACGGAGGCGCACACGUGCCAGCGGCGGGAGCACUGCGUCAACACCGUGGGCUCCUUCAAGUGCCUGCAGGAGCUGAGCUGCCAGCCGGGAUUUGAACUGAAGGAUGGGGAAUGCAUUGACAUUGAUGAAUGCGAGAGAGGGACUCAUAGCUGCAGAGUGAACUUCGUCUGCCAGAACACAGAAGGCUCCUUCUACUGUGAAUCGAAGCAGCGCUGCAUGGACGGGUUUCUGCAAGACCCCGAGGGCAACUGUGUUGAUAUUAAUGAAUGCACAUCCCUCCCCGAGCCGUGCAAGCCAGGAUUCAACUGCAUCAACACCGUUGGCUCCUACACCUGCCAGAGGAACAUGCUGACGUGCAGCAGAGGCUACCACGCCAGCGAGGACGGGAGCCGCUGCAUYGAUGUGGACGAAUGUCAAACCGGGGUGCACCGCUGCGGGGAAGGGCAGGUUUGCCACAACAUCCCUGGCGCUUACCGCUGUGACUGCAAGAUGGGCUAUCAGUACGACGCGUUCAGCAGAAGCUGCAUCGAUAUAAACGAGUGCUGGAACUACCCCGGGCGCCUGUGUCAGCACACGUGCGAGAACACGCCUGGCUCCUACCACUGCACUUGCUCUUCUGGCUUCCGCCUGUCCUACGAUGGGAAGCACUGCGAAGAUGUGAAUGAAUGUGAUACAAGUCCCUGCAGCCAGGAGUGUGCCAAUGUUUACGGUUCCUAUCAGUGCUACUGCAGGCAAGGUUUCCAGCUAGCAGAAGAUGGGCACUCAUGUAAAGAUAUCGAUGAGUGCACACAAAGUGCAGGCAUCCUUUGUACUUUCCGCUGUGUGAACGUUCCUGGCAGUUAUCAGUGCGCCUGUCCCGAGCAGGGAUAUACCAUGGCAGCAAAUGGACGCACUUGCCGAGAUAUCGACGAGUGUGCCCUCGGGACCCACAACUGCUCUGCUGCCGAGUCCUGCUACAACAUCCAGGGCGGCUUCCGCUGCCUGUCCUUCGAGUGCCCGGCCAACUACCGCAAAGUCUCCGACAUGAGGUGUGAGCGCAUCAGCUGCUUUAACUACCUGGACUGCCAAAACACCCCUGUGCGUAUUACCUACUAUCAGCUGAACUUCCAAACCAACAUCGUGGUCCCAGCUCAUAUCUUCCGUAUUGGCCCGUCACCUGCCUAUGCUGGGGACAACAUCAUCCUUACCAUCAACAAGGGAAAUGAGGAGAACUACUUCAGCACCAGGAGGCUCAAYUCCUACACGGGCAUCGUCUAUCUCCAGCGACAAGUGAAGGAGCCCAAAGACUUUUUAUUAGAUGUUGAAAUGAAACUGUGGCGUCAGGGAACAUACACCACUUUCCUUGCCAAAAUUUACAUAUUCAUCACAGCUCAUGCGUACUGAGGCGUGUAUUGACAUUGGAGUUUAUUGGUGCUAUGCUCUUUACCUGCUCUACCAAAGCUUUAUACUGUUGAACUGGCAUUUAACGUAUUUAGCCUUUAUAUUAUUUUUCUAUCAUUGCUUCAAACUUUUUUUUUUUACUGGUUGUGUAAAUUAAGUUAAUUGUUAUGUUUUUUUUGGUUGUUUGUUUUCUUACAUAAUUCUUUACAUCAUCGUUUGACAAUGAGCGAGGAAGGGUUUGGAAGGCAGUACAUGUGCUAUAUGCUGGAACAUUUUCUUAGAUAUGGUUUUUUGAUUUAGUCACAUCUGCGGGAUGUUGCAUUAGAAAGGAGAGAUCACUUGGGAGUAUCGGUUUUUGCCACUAAAGGAAAAAUCCUUGAGCAAUUUCUCUUUACUACCAAAUCUCAUGGUCUGACAGCCACCAACAUCACGGAGUUUCUCUGCAUUCAGAUGCUGUGUUGAAGGCUGCGUGUGUACACUGAUGGUUAGCUCACCUCAUAUUAAAGGAUUAUUUUCCUCCUUCCAGCUUUUAUAAUCUGUCACCUGAAAACAUAUAUGAAUAAAAGAAAACUCCACCAGUGAACAAGCCUAUGAUUGAGUCUUGCUUUAGUAGGACUACUCAUAUGCUUAAUGUUAAAUGUUUGCAAGACCAAGGUCUUCAAAGAACAUCAUGCUUUGGUAUAAAAGCUUAUACUGCUAUUUGUAGUAGUUGCCUUCAUAGGUGCUUCAACUCCUCUUUAUACAACCCUGCUCUGUUUAGGUUACUACAGAUAUGAAUCGGCUGUAUUGCAGUUCUUAAAGGAAUGUCAAAGAGGAAACAUUGGAAUAAUGAUAUCAUAGUUACCACUUC